AUGAGUUUAUUACCUCGAACUGCCGAGGAAUUCAGCUCUGCUGAGUACUGGGAAAGAUUUUUUAAGAAACGUGGAGAGAAGUCAUUCGAGUGGUAUGGAGACUACAACAAACUAUGUGGCGUGUUGCACAAGUACAUCAAAAUGCAGGACAAGGUACUGGUGGUGGGCUGUGGAAACUCUGAAUUGAGCGAGCAGCUUCACGAUGUGGGCUACAAGUACCUGACCAACAUUGACAUCAGCGAGACCGUGGUGUCCCACAUGAACCAACGCAAUGCCGAGCGGAGGCCUGACUUGAAAUUCCAGCAGGUGGACGCUACCCAGAUGCCAUACCAGGAUGCGUGUUACCAGGCAGCUCUGGACAAAGGCACCCUGGAUGCAAUGGCUUCAGAGGAAGGAGGACAGCUGGCGAGGAAUAUGCUCACUGAGGUGGGUCGUGUGCUCAGUGUUGGCGGAAGGUACGUGUGUAUCACACUGGCCCAGGAAAGUGUGAUCCGCCUGGCCGUGGAGCAUUUUGUCCAACUGGGCUGGGCAGUGAGGCUUCACUGCCUUCAAGAAGAAACCAGCGCCGAAGAGGACGGCGACUCCUUCGUUCUGCCCGUUUUCAUCCUGAUCUGCACCAAAUUCCGCCAGCCCAUGCCCACGCCCAUUCUGGAGUUUUGCCUCGGCGAAGACGGCACCCCGAAUCGUCUGGCGCUGGCGGCCCACUUGCUGGCGACCGUGCGAGAGCGCCAGGCUUAUUCUGUCCUGAGGAAAAGGCUACGCACCCGCACGGAUGUCGACGCCGGCGCGUCGCUCACGCUUUGCCACGCAAAGACCGGCUUGCCCAGAUACACUCUCACCGUGCAGGAUUCACCCCCGACCGCUAAGGUGCCAAGGUUCAACCAGUUUGCCAUUUUCAUUGUGCCCCAAGGGAGCGAGACGGCGUGGCUCUACAGCUCCAGCGAAGGUCGGCGGCAACUGGCAGCCAGCGCCAACUUCCGCCGCCUGGUUGUCGUCGCCAUGCAUAGGAAUCAAGAAUAUGCCGACAUGCAGGCGGUCCAAUCGGAACUCUCGCCCAUGGUGAUGGACCUGGCCCCGCCGGGAAUGCCGGAUAAUCAGCAGGUCCCGUUUCUGUCGGUGGGCGGCGACCUGGGUUGGCGGGAGGAGGUGAGCAGGGGUGUGAGCGAGCACAGCGGCGAAUACUGCGUGGAGAACGUCAGGGGGGAGGAUGGCGAGCUGUACCGCAGAUUGGUGUUCCUGUCCAACGCGGCUCUGGUGCAGUCCGAAAGUCGUCUCGUCUCCUCUAAUAGCACAUCGGGUCAUAAGAAGAAGAACAAAAAGAAAACCAAGCAGCCAUCAUCGACUUCCCUGUCAGUGCACAGCGGCUUCCUCUGCUGUGCCCACCACGAAGUCAUGGUGGCGGGUCUUGCCAUGCUGGGCAUAGGCAAGGAAAAAAACAAAGACGUCCCCGUGUCAGUGCUAGUGGUUGGACUCGGAGGAGGAGGCUUGCCGCAGUUUUUGCGAGACUUUGUGCCCGGUGUGUCAGUGGAGGUGGUGGAACUGGACCCUGUGGUGCUGGAGGUGGCCAAAGAGUGGUUCCACUUUCGACCGGACGAUCAACUGACCGUCACGCUCGGGGACGGCCUUGAACGUAUCCGUGCCCUGGAGGAAGAAGGUGGUCCUUUGUUUGAUGCCAUCAUGUUCGAUGUGGACAAUAAAGACAGCACGGUGGGUAUGAGCUGUCCACCUGCUGCCUUUGUGGAAAAUUCCAUCCUGCACAAAGUCAGCAGCCUACUGACCCCUAAAGGAAUUUUCAUACUCAACCUGGUGUGCCGCGACUCCGCCUUGAGGAAAGACGUGCUGGAGCGCGUAAGCGGCGUGUUUCCCGCGAUCCUCUCACGAAAGAUCGACGGGGAGGUGAACGAGGUGCUCCUCUGUCGCAGAGAAGGCAAAAGCGAAAGCGUCCUGCCCUCGCUAACCCAAGCGGGUCACGAUCUGCAGAGAGCCCUGCGCUCCGGUGUGACCCACAGCCCGAAAAUAGACAUUGCCGAAUUGUUGAAAGAUAUGAAAGUGGCGUGAGGGUGAAUGGGACAAAAUGUUAAAAGCAAAGAAGAAAUAUGAAAUUUUUGGUUAUUGGGAGCGGUGAGGACUGAAAUGUAUGUACAAAAAAUUUCACAGUUACAUUUUAUUUUAUUGUUGAUUUAAAAAAAUAAGGGGAAAAAGAAUUGAAUCCAUUUUGGAAUACGGCUAAUGUGGGAAAAGAGAAGUGCUGUGUCUGUGAAUACUUUUGUUUUUUUUGUGCUUGUACUAUCGCAAAGUAAAGCAGCAGUGCAUUUUA